UGCCAUUUCCGGUCGCGGCUGGCUUCUCGGUUGGUGUAAUAGCGGCAUAUAGGCUACAUGUCUAUCUGGGUUGGCUGUUGUUGGAUGAGCCGCUUUUGUGAACCAGGAUGGUACUCAUUAAAGAAUACCAAGUGCUGCUCCCCUGUUCAGUAGAAGAGUACCAGGUGGGGCAGCUCUUCUCCGUAGCCGAGGCGAGCAAGAACAACACUGGCGGGGGAGAGGGCAUCGAGAUCCUCAGAAACGAGCCCUACGAAAAGGAUGGAGAGAAGGGACAAUACACACACAAGAUAUACCACAUACACAGUAAGGUUCCCACCUUUAUCCAGAUGUUUGCUCCUGAAGGAGCUCUGGUGUUCCACGAGAAGGCUUGGAAUGCUUAUCCCUACUGUCGCACUAUUGUUACGAAUGAGUACAUGAAGGAUGAUUUCUUUAUUAAGAUCGAGACCUGGCACAAACCAGACAUGGGAACCAGCCACAACCCCCAUGGUCUCCCUCCAGAGGAAUGGGAGGAGGCUGAAGUCGUUCCCAUUGACAUCGCAGACCGCUCACAAGUCGACGACAUGGACUACAAGGCGGAUGAGGAUCCUGCCAUUUUCCACUCAGAGAAGACGGGCAGAGGACCGCUAGGACCGGGAUGGAAGAAGGAGCUUCAUAACAGUAAUUGUCCCUACAUGACUGCGUAUAAACUCGUCACUGUUCAUUUCCGCUGGUGGGGACUUCAAGGACGAGUUGAGAGCUUCAUUCACAAGCAAGAGAAGCGUCUGUUCACUAAUUUCCACCGUCAGCUGUUUUGCUGGUUGGAUCGCUGGGUGGAGCUCAGCAUGGAGGACAUCAGACGCAUGGAGGAGGAGACGCAGAGGGAGCUAGACCAGAUGAGGAGCGAAGGCUCGGUGCGAGGCAUGAAGGCCGGAGAAGACUAAAGGGAAGGCGGGCUCUAUCCUUCUCCCCGCCCCCUUUCCCAGUCGCCCUAUCACAGAUCGCCACAUCACUAAGCCCUUCCAAACAGGCCAUCCCUGCCCUAGGAAGAGAGUGUGUGAGUGAGUGUGUGUGCGAGUGCGACUGUAUGUGUGUGUGUGUGUGUGUUUGUGUAUCUGUGUGCGUGCGUGUGCGUGCAUGCAUGUCCACAAUGUUGUUUUUAUGUUAACGGACUCAUUUGCUGCAAAACCUGCAGCUGUGUGUGUGUGUGUGUGUGUGUGUGUGUGUGUGUGUGUGUGUGUGUGUGUCUGCAUUUCACUUAACCAUAAUACACUACUUAAGCCUUCACCCUAUGCUCAGAGUGUGAGUGUGUGACAAGGCUGUGUGUGUGUGUGUGUGUGUGUGUGUGUGUGUGUGUGUGUGUGUGUGUGUGUGUGUGUGUGUGUGUGUGUGUGUGUGUGUGUGUGUGUGUGUGUUUGUCUGCCUGCCUGCCUGCCUUGACUGUACUUGUAAUAAAGAAUGCACCGCUCAUACUGGGCCUGUGCAUACAUGCACACACACACACACACCACUAACACACACACACACGGUGGAAAGACAAAGGAACUGACGCACACACAUACGCACACACACGCACACACACGGUGACGAGACAAAUGAACUGAUGCUAACUCACACUUGCACACAGACACACACACACACACACACACACACACACACACACACACACACACACACACACGGUGACGAGACUAAGGAACUGAUGCCUACAUUUGCUCACCUCAUCUACUGGAACUCUUGUUUCUCACAAAGCUCCUGUGAAGGAGAGAAAGAGUGUGUGUGUGUGUGUGUGUGUGUGUGUGUGUGUGUGUGUGUGUGUGUGUGUGUGUGUGUGUGUGUGUGUGUGUGUGUGUUUCUCUGUGACCGACUGUGUCUGUGUGUGUUUGUGUGUGUGUGUGGACAGCGUGUAGAAUGAAUGAUGAGGAUGAUGAUGAUGAUGUUGUUGAUGAUGUCAUAGCGUUUUUAAAAUCUCGAGUGUUUUCCGGUGUGGCCCCGCCUACUGAUGGCUGCUUAGCAACAAGCCACGCCUACUGUUGGCUGCUUAGCAACAGGCCACGCCCCUGCCCCUGUUUUGGGGAGGGGGUGUGGCCUGAUGAGUGUAUGAUGUCAUACUGUAAUAAACCUCACCAUGACAACCA